ACUUCGCAAAAAAAAAGUUCGGUCAAAGAGAGGAACGGCAGGCAGGAAUCACAUCACCAGGCACUUCUAUCGGGAAGAAGCACCCCGAAAGUCAACAGCAGUUAUUAGAUUAGUAUCGUUUUUCGAUAGCUAAAUUUCCAGUGGCAAACGGCUAACAGUUUUGCGGUGAAAGUUUUUCGUGGAUUGAGGUGGAAAUCGAUUCAAUUCGAAUCGAAACUGCCAAGUGGCUUUCGUUUUUCAAAGCUGCAGCGAAAAUCUCGAAUCGAGUCAACAACAACCAAAACCCAAAAAGUUUGCAUCCGGGAUAGUCGAGAAGACGUUGAAGAAGGAAGGCAUCUGCAGACAAUAUUUUUGUGAACCCAGAGUGAGAGGAAAUUCGUCAAAAUUAACGCGGAAUCGAGAGUACGUAAGAUGUCCCUCCAGACGGACUCACCGGACGCGAAAAAGCCCUGCAAGGGUAUCCUGAAGUCGUCCAGCAGCUUCGACAAGCAUGCGACCACAGCGGCAGCUUCAUCGGUCAGUCACCGGAAAAGUGCUAAAUUUGAUGAGCUGAACGUGUUGCAAACCUAUCACCCACCGGACAAGGAUUAUGGUCACAUGAAGGUGGACGAACCAAAGACACCGUACAACUACGCGGAGCCGGAAGACCUGGAUCAGCUGGAUGCGGAGCUGCUGGCAGAGAAACUCCGAGUGGCUGCCAGUUCGAAAAGUGAUUCCGUCUCUGGCGAUGAUUCUUCCGAAGAUGAGGAUGAAGAGCUGACUGAAGAGCAAAAGCAGCAUAAAUUGGAAUUCGAGCGACGUCGGAAGGCUCACUAUAACGAGUUCGAGGCGAUUAAGCUGGCUCGGAAGCUGAUCGAGGAAGAAGACGAAGACGACGGCGAUAACGAUGCGUCGAAAUCGUUAGAGAACAGUAGGACAAGUGACGAUUCGCCAGAUAAGCUACAGAUGGAGGUGGAAGAGCAGGACGAGGUCGAUCGGAAGAAUGGCGACGAAGCCGAAAGCAGUCAACCACCAGCAGCAGGUACCAAUUCUAUUGAAGCCGAUGAAGUUUAGAGUUGAAUUGUGGUCGCUUCGACCCUUAUCCGGUAGGAACGAUGUGAAUUCGCGUGUUUCGAUCCGAUGCGAUAUAAGAGUUUUACAUUCUUGCUCUGCGCUGCGCCUGAUUUUGCGUUCUUUUGCGCAACGAAAGAAAUUAUAUAUAUUUAUAUAUGUAUACUUUAUAAAUGCGUGAACUUAGUUUGAUAAAUUUGAGCGCUAUUUUGAAAGUCAACCUAGAAAAUGCAUUCAAAAUCAUAAAUUUUAGUCGUCGCAUUAUUUAUUGUUUGAUUUGCAGUUUGAGUUUCCUCACGCUAACAUUUCUCUCUUUCUUUUCAUUUAUUCCGCUUUGGUUUCGCCACAUCUCCCAAUGCCUUCUCUAAAACCGUAAGUAACCCUCGACGCCGUCCUUGCUGGCCAGGACCUUGAAUCGGCUCGGACGCGCGAGGGUUCACCACCGAUCCGAGUCACUCGUCGAUCGGUCAUUUCCUACAUUGUCAUUAUUUCCGCUGUGCUAACCAUUGUUUCGACUAUCUUUGUUCUGUCUCUUAUUGAACUGAUUUGAACCUCAGUCCCAUUAUCCAUCAAAUUUUCAGGGCAACUAACCCCAUCCACCCAACAAAUUUAAAUAUAUACACACAGAUAUACACGUGUAAUAAGAGUGAGAAUUAGCGCCUAAUAUGCAAAACAACACUGAUCUUGAGUUUUAUUCACAAAAACGUCCUAGGUUUUGUAAGUUUCUUUUAUGCGUAUAUAAGUUUCAAUUUUAGAAUUUAGUUUAGGUAUACUGUCGAACCGACCGGAUUGAAACAAACUGGAUCGAACCACCUUUGCGAGAGAAUAAUACAUUUAAACGAGAGAAGAAAACAAGAAUCUUGUUCAUUAACAGAAUAACCUAAUACGCUUGGAUAACAGUCAAUAUAUUUUUUGUACUACUAAAUGUGUCCUACCAUCUCCCUUGAAAAUCUUUAAAAACUAUUUACGUAUACAUUCGUCCAUAUUAGUGCGCUGUGUCUGAUUGUGUGCGUAGAUGUUCGUUUCGGCGAUUGAUUUCCACGUCUUCUAUAAUAAGAUUUCAGUAAUUUUUUGUUUGAUUUCAACUCAUUGCUCACGUCGGCAGCAAUUUAAGGGAAAGCAAUUAGACCAUUUUUUUUUGUUUGGGAUUGAGAUAACAUGUAGUUCCUUCUGAGGUCAGUAGAUUCAUAAACUGUGUAGCAGGUUCAAACUGAGCGAGAGAGAAAGAGUGAUAAGAAUGGGCCCGUAUGCAUCAAUUCGGAAUUGUUCGGUUAGUUUGUAGGAAGUCCUAUUAGGUUUAUUACUAAAACCAAUAAAUUUUCUUCAACUCA